UCGGGAGCCGGGGGCGAGGAGCCGGCAGGGAGGCGAGGCGCUGGAGCGUGGGGGACCGCGGGGCUACUCGCCUCGGCCCCACCCCCGCGGUGGGUCCAGGCCCUGCCUGUCCCGGCCCCGGCUGGCUGAGCCGGCUCUCGCGGCUGCGGGCGGUGCGCUGUAGCGGGCUCAGCCCGCGGCUCCGGGCGCACUGGGAGGGCGGACCUGGGCUCGGACCCGCUGCCCCCCGCCCUGGCCGUCUGCCGAUCGCCACCACCCCUAGCCUCUCCGGCUGAGCUCGGCGCCCCAGAGAGGAUUAAGUAAGUGCUGAGGUCGCAGCUUCUGUGCAAGAAUGGAGGAAUCACCGAGUCGCAGAGGCGGGGAUGGGGAUUGGAGCAGGGAGGACUGAGGAACCUGGUAGAGAACGCACCCACGGGGCCGGGGAGCUCCCUUUCUCCUCGGAGGUGGCAACCUGGAAGUAUAGCAGGGGCCACAGGCUGGGAUACUACCCAUGUCAGGAGCGAGUUGGCAGGUCGACUGACCACAGGCAGUCUCUCAGCCAGGGCCCUUUCAGCAUUGGCAUGGACUCCAGGAUCCUGCCUGCCAGGGGCUGGCUCAGCAGCCGCCCACCCACCUCUGAGCCCGACCUGGAGCCUGCCACAGAGGGGCCAGCCUCUGAGACCACCACCCUCAGCACAGAAGCCACCAACUUUAAUGACACCAGAAUCCCUGAUGUGACUGGUAGCACAGCUGGUGUGGGCACAAUGCUUCUGUCCUUUGGGAUCAUCACGGUGAUUGGCCUGGCUGUGGCCAUGGUUUUGUACAUUAGGAAGAAGAAAAGGCUGGAGAAACUCCGCCACCAGCUCAUGCCCAUGUACAGCUUCGACCCUACAGAGGAGCAAGAUGAGCUGGAGCAGGAGCUGCUGGAACAUGGGCGCGACGCCGCCUCCAUGCAGGCUGCCGCCUCUGUGCAGGCCGCGCAGGGCAAGACCACGCUCCCCUCUCAGGGCCCACUGCAGAGGCCCAGCCGGCUGGUGUUCACUGACGUAGCCAAUGCCAUCCAUGCGUGAGUGGCCCGAGGACCGGCCUGGACCUCUGAUGAAGACAUCUGCCAUCGUGCCCCUUGAGCUUGAUUGUUAAGACCCACUCUCAAGACCUGCCUUGCUGAGGCCCAGCUGUUCCAAGGACCCACCUGCUGACUCUCCAGGCUCUAAGAGAGGGCCCUGGCCAGGCUAGACAUCUGGCUACUGAGGUCUCCUGAUCUGAGGGCCCUGCUAGAGGGUAUCCUUCAUAUCAGGAAAGUUGAGAGCCACUGCUGGCUUCCUUGUGUCCUGCCCAGACCCGUCACAUCACGGUCUGCUCCUCUAAUGUGGAGGAAGUGGGGGGAGACAUGGGAUGGGAGGGGGCAGGGGAGGAGAGUAGGGAGGGGUUCCCCUUUGUCAGGGAGAGACCUGUCUUUGGAAUCUGCAGCCUCCUCUGGAGUAGGGAGGGGCAAUCAACCAGGUCUUGGGGACAGGAUGUGGUGGCACCCUGGGAGAAGCCCAGGGAUAGACUAGAACUGCCUGGUGGGCAAGGAUGCCAGGAAGAGGGCUGCUCCUACCCAGGGCCCAUCUGUAUUUUGGAGGGUCCACGAGGCCUCCCAGCCACCCUCCCUGGCAGCCAGCUACUGGCUGGGAAAGGGGAAGGAGGUGGGGGAAUAGUGUGGAGGGCCCCAGGCAGGUGCAUGACUGUGUUCGCGUGCAGGCAUAUGUCCCUGUCCCGGCACAGAGUAGGAUGGAGACCCUCUGCAUGGGCUCCACCCUCCCAAGUCCACCCCACCCCUUGACGUGUGCAGGGGCACCAGGAUAGGCCACUCUCUCUGCCUUCAGUGUUCGGGGGCUGAAAGGAGAGGGAAGCCAAGGUGAAGGUCCUGCUGCCCACCACAUCUCUUCACUGGGCUCUACAAGCCAGGUAACUGGCUUCUGAAAACAGUUCCCUGUCCUGGUGUAUAUUGGGGAUCUAGGGUUGUAGGAGAGGCUGCCAGUCUAAGGGCAGUGGUCCCAAGCUGUGGGCUAUCCAGGGACAUUGUGACUUUGCCUGAAACGGGUGUGGGGAUGGCCCCUUGGGAAACAGACCUAGCUUUUGAUAGCACAACCCACCCACCCAUUGUCCACCCACCCAACACCCCUCGGGAAAUCUUCCACCAGCCUGGGGCAUCUGAACAAGGCAUGGGACCAAGCCAGACCCCAAGAGCUGGGCAGCCUUCUCCUCUGGGCGUGCAUGCACACACGAGCAUGCAGAGAAGCAAGCCCCCCGCCCCCGUGCCCAGCCUCCCCGCUGUCGCUGUCCUCUGCUGGUUGGAAGGGGACAUGGGGGCGAUAGCACAUACCUUCUGUCGGGCAAAUACCACGUGUCAGGAGGGGAGGGCCUAGGAGACCCGUGUGGGGAAGAUUUGGGAUGUAUUCCCUCCUCUCGAUGCUAUAAAUACGUUAGCACUUGAACCAACUGGAGGGCUGUGGGUGAUUUGGGACGCACAGAUGCUGUAAUGGAACUUGGCACCUCCAUGUGAGAGCAUUAAAGAUGUAAUUAAGAUGUUUACACGAA